AAUUCCGCCGCAAGAGCAAAUUUCAGUGCCUUUCCAGUUUCCACCAUGAGAGCUAAGGUUUGAAGCAAUGUUUUGCAUUCUAUUCUCUUUUUCCCAAAGAUUAUGUCAUGGAAAGGGAGACUUUAAUUCAACUAUGGAUGGCAGAAGGGUUCCUUCAAUUGCCUGAAGAAACUUCUAUGAUGCUGGAGGAUAUAGGUGAUGAGUAUUUCAAUGACUUGUUAUCAUAUUCUUUAUUUCAAGAGGACCAGAGAGAUUUAUUGGGGAGCAUCACUCAUUGUAAAAUGCAUGAUUUGAUUCAUGAUUUUGCACAAUCCAUUUCAAAAUAUGAGACAGUGAUUUUGAAGACUCUUUUUUCGGGAAGCAAUAUUUCUAGUUUUAGACAUUUGAAUCUCAUCUAUGAUCAGCAAAUGGUGCCAACAAUUUUAGAAGAUGUUGCUCAGUUACACACUUUGUUUUCAGAGCAUGGUUUUCCUUGUGGCAUAUCAGGGAAAUUUAAACGGUUACGGGCUCUUAGUUCUCCUUAUGCUGUUGAUACUGAAGAAUUGCCACCAUGUUUUGGAAAUAUGAAGAGUUUGAGAUACUUAGACAUUUCUGGAACUCAGAUAAAAGAAUUGCCCAGGUUCGUUACCAAUCUAUACAAUUUACAAACAUUUAGAUUCCAGAAUUGCAGAUCUCUCAAAAUGCCUCAUGAAGGGAUAGGAAAUUUAAUCAACUUGAGGCAUGUCAACUUCGAUAAUGAAAAUUGUAUGCCUGCAAACCUUGGGCGACUGACUUGUCUUCGAACAUUGCCAUUGUUCUUUGUGGGUGCAACAAAGGGGCACAAAAUUGAAGAAUUGGGAUGUUUAAGCCAACUGAGAGGAAGAUUAGAGAUCCGUAACCUUGAGCUUGUUAAAGACAAAUCAGAAGCCAUGAGAGCAAAAUUACAUGAGAAGGCAGUUAAUGAUUUGGAAUUGAUAUGGGGAAAAGAAGGCAAUCAGGAUGAAGAUGUUUUGGCAGGCCUCCGACCACACUCAAAUCUGCAAAGAUUAACUAUUGAUGGUUAUGGAGGUAAAAACUUACCAUCAUGGAUGUUGAAGACCGACUGUAGUUACAGUAAUGAAAUAUUUGUGAUCAAGAACUUGGUGCUAUUGAAAAUUACAAGGUGCAAGAUGUUGGAAAGUGUUCCAACAAGUGGGUUACAAUCACUUCAGAAACUCAUCAUUUUCAACUGCUCUGUAAGCAACAUUGGAGAUGUACUAGCAGCCUCCAAGUGCCUUGAGCUCUUACGUCUGGUAGAGCUUCCGAAUUUGGAGUUUAUUCCAGAUGGGCUUACCUCUCUUCAAAAUUUAUAUUUGUCUAAAUGUGAAAUAGAGUGUCUACCAAGUGGGUUAUCAUCCUGCAUUGCUCUUAAAAAUCUGAUAGUAAGGAGUUGCCAUAACUUGAUCUCCAUUCCAGAAGAAUUGAAGCAAUUGCAUUCUCUUGUUGAGUUACAAAUUGUAGAUUGUUCAAAAUUGAGAAGCAUCCCAGAGAAGCCCCUCGCCUGUCUUACUAGCUUGAAAAAAUUGAGUAUUGGUGGUUUUGGGGAAGAGCUAGAGGAAUUCCCUGGGCUUGGUUCCAUUCUCUGCCUACAGACCUCCCUCCAGGAGUUGCGAUUGCAUGGAUGGAAAAAAUUAACUACAUUGCCACCUCAAAUUCAACACCUUACUGCUCUAAAGAAGUUAGUUAUAAGUAAGUUUGAUGACGUGGAAACAUUACCAGAAUGGUUAGGAAACUUAUCGUCCCUAAAAGAAUUGCGUGUUGAUUCUUGUUCUGGAUUAAGAUGUUUAUCAAGUGGGCUGUCAUUCUACACCGGUCUCGACAAUCUUGCAAUACAGGAUUGUCCUAAUCUUGUCUCUGUUUCAGAGGAAGUUCUCGGCCGUCUAUCUCAAUUGAAGUGGUUGUCGAUUGGUGGUUUCUCAAAAGAGUUGGAGGAAUUCCCGGGUCUAAAUUCCAUCAACACCUCCCUUGAAGACUUGGAUUUGUUUGGUUGGGAAAAGCUAAGUCAAUUGCCUCAUCAAAUUCAACACCUCACUGCUAUAAAGUACUUGCGGGUCUCCGGAUUUGAUGGAGUGGAAGUUUUACCAGAGUGGUUGAGAAACUUAUCCUCCCUUGAAUGUCUAUGGUUUGAUAAGUGCAAGAAUCUGAAACGACUGCCUUCUGCAGAAGCAAUUCGACGACUCUCCAAAUUGGAGCUUCUUGACGUUCAUGACUGCCCCUUGUUAGAGGAAAGAUGCGCCAAGGAAAGCGGUCCUGAGUGGUCCAAAAUUUCUCACAUUCCCAACAUCUACAUAAAUGGCAAGCCCUUCUAAUCCCAAGAUUGAGGUUUGCUAGAGGCAACAGACAUGGAAUUACUUUUCCCUUGAAAAAACAUAUAAACUAUUUGCCUUAAACACCAAACAGACCCUUAUCCCAGAAGCAAGCAAUAGCAAAGGAAUGGAAGAAAGUAGCUUCACCAAGCAAAAGAUGAUUCUGGAUGUUCUUGGAGGUGCUCAAUUUUAAUCAAUUAGGAACAUAGUUCGUAUCUCUCAUGUGUUACUUUGAAAUGUGUUACUUUGAAGGAAAACUGUUGCAGAUAUGUAGAAGCAUUCCACCUAUUGGAUUUUUAGGGGUAAUAAGGGGGUUGAGAGAGUGGACUUGGAGGAGAAGGAAAGAGACACCCGGAGUUACCUCAUUUGGUGAGCUUUGACACCACAGCCCCAACACCACCCACCAAGACGAGGAUAUGAGGAACAAGUUCAGGCUGAUUUAAUAAAGUCUUAAGAAGGAUUACUGCAACAAAAGGCAAACUUUUACGGGGUUCUCUCUCAAAGUGUUUUUUUAAGAUAUUUUGAUUAGAAAGAAUCAAUGUACUCAGUAUCUGAGUAAUAGUUGUGUGCUUGGACAGUUAGUAUUAUUUUUCCAUAUUGCUCUAGGUCUUAUGUUUGGGGAAAAAAAAUGAGACACCAUUAUUGUAUUAUUCAUUUUAAUAUUGAAUUUUGUUCCCGUUUUGGUCCUGUGAUUUUUCCCUCUCUAUUGGAGGGUUUUCCAUGUAAAUUUUGUGUUCUUUUCAAUUUAUAAUUCUUGUGGUGUCUGAUAUAUUUAUUUGGUCAUCGCAAGACUGGGGCUUUAUUUUGAUU